UUAGCUUUAAGACUUAGGAUUUAAGUAGAAGACCACCACCCUUUUGAACCAAAAAUAAAAUAAAAAUUCCCAGCUUCCCUGUUUGAAAAAAACUCUCUUUCCCUUAAAGAAGCAAGAAUUUGAAGAAAAUGUCUCAUCAGCCACCACAAUCUUCUUCUGCUUCUUCUACCUCAAAUAAUAUUCAAGAUCCAUUAAAACUCUUGAGGAACUACGUCAGUUCAUUAUUCCACACUAACACCAAAAUCACUAAUAUUUCCACCAUUUUGAUGAAGGCUUUUCUUGCCAUUUGCUUAGUUGCCUCCAUUUCCUUAGUCUCCUUCACUGCUUUCUCUAAUCCAUCCAAAUGGUUUAAUCCAUGUUCAGAUUGUGGUGCCAUCAAUAUUCACACUAGCUAUGCUUAUAGUACUGCCGUUACAAAUAAUUUUAGAGAAAAAGAAGAAAUUACAAACAUAACACAUAUUUUAUUUGGCAUUGGAGGGUCUGCCAAGACAUGGAAUAAUCGUAGAUAUUAUUCUGACCUAUGGUGGGAACCAAACGUGACACGUGGAUUCGUGUGGCUAGACGAAAAUCCCCAAGAAAACGACACGUGGCCCGAAAAUUCACCACCCUAUAGAGUGUCAGAGGACACGUCAGGUUUCAAGUAUACGUGUUUGUACGGUGACAGGUCAGCAGUGAGGAUCGCAAGGAUUGUAAAGGAAAGUUUCGAAUUGGGGCUGAAGAAUGUGAGGUGGUUCGUUAUGGGGGACGAUGAUACGGUAUUUUUUACAGAGAAUUUGGUGACUGUUUUAGGUAAAUAUGAUCAUAAUCAGAUGUAUUAUAUAGGUGGUAAUUCAGAAAGUGUGGAACAAGAUUUGGUGCAUUCUUAUGGUAUGGCUUAUGGUGGUGGUGGAAUUGCUAUUAGUUAUCCUUUAGCAGAGGUACUAGUGAAGAUUUUAGAUGAUUGUAUUAAUAGGUAUCAUGAAUUCUACGGUUCUGAUCAGAAGAUUGGUGGUUGUAUGGCUGAGAUUGGCGUUCCUCUCACAAGAGAACUCGGCUUCCAUCAGAUGGACAUACAUGGAAGUCCACGUGGGCUUUUGGCAGCGCAUCCAUUGGCACCCAUUGUAUCACUGCACCAUCUAGGCGUUAUAAAUUCUCUUAUUCCACUGAUGGGUCAAGUCGAUUCAGUUAAGAAGGUGAUCGAGGCAUACAAAAAAGACCCAAGUCGAACAAUGCAACAAAGUAUCUGUCACGAUCUAAAGAAAAAUUGGUCGUUAUCAGUGUCAUGGGGAUAUUCAAUUCAGUUAUAUCCAAGCUUAAUGAGUGCCAAGGAAUUAGAGACACCAAUGAGGACAUUUGAAACAUGGAAAGGGUUUGAAGAGCCAUUUACAUUUAAUACUAGGCCAAAUUAUAUUGAACCAUGUCAAAGGCCUAUAGAGUAUUAUUUGGAUCGCGUUUUUGAGCUCGAUAAUGGAGAAACUUUGACAAGUUAUAAGAGAAUUGGUAAUUAUAAUAAGCAAUGUGAGAAUGAAAAUUAUGCGCCAGCAUUAUCAGUUCAAAUGGUUAAUGUCACGGCUGCUAUUUUAUCUCCUCAAGUAUGGAGACAGGCCCCACAUAGGCAAUGCUGUGAGGUGAUCAAUGGUGAAAAUGAUACUAAUAUUGACACUGUACUACAGAUCAGAAUUAGAAGUUGCAACAAAUGGGAAUCAGUAACAUUGCCCUUUGACAUUAACGAGGGACAUUAACACUAUAGC